GUGGGUGACACGAUUUUACACCUGAGUUCAUUUGCUUCGGCCUACUUUCGCCUCCAUUCAGCCAGCCACUAUGUCCUACGCAGAAGAGCGAGAGCAGAACAUUGCACGCAACAAAGCACUCCUUGCCGGCCUGGGUAUCGGUCCCCUCAAACCUAAAUACGAGCCGAAGGAGAACAUCAAGAAGAAGAAAGUGGCAGCUAAGAAACGGAAGUCCCCCUCCCCCUCGAGUGACGGGUCCGAGGAACCACCCAAAAAAGCUCCUCGUCUACCAGAUGAUAGUAAUGUACCAGGGGGCACGCGAAGAAGUUCUCGUCUUGCUGGCAGAACAUUCGACUACAAGCAGGAACAAGAUCGCGGGGUCCCGGAACCAAUCACAAUCAAACGGUCCCAAAAGCUCAAAGUUGGCCAGGUGAAAUCAAAGAGGACUUACGAUACUCAUAUGUACGGUCACAUACCCGAUGUAGAGGUGGGGACAUGGUGGGCAACAAGGGAAGAUUGUUCAAAUGCAUCUGUCCAUGGCCCUUGGGUUGCGGGUAUUGCGCCAGGUCCAGAUGGUGCAUACUCGAUCGCACUUUCAGGCGGAUAUGAUGAUGAUGUAGAUGAAGGAUACGCAUUCACGUUCACCGGUUCUGGCGGCAGGGAUUUACGGGGAACAAAGACAGCGCCUAAAAAUCUUCGAACGGCUCCUCAAAGCGGCGAUCAGACCUUCGAAGAUAGAAACAACGCAGCCAUCAAGAGAUCUGUUGACACUCAGAAGCCUGUCCGUGUAAUCCGUGGCUUCAAAGGGAGGGAUAAGUCAAAGUAUGCUCCGUCAGAGGGGUAUCGCUAUGAUGGCCUAUACCUGGUGAAAAAGGCGUGGAUUGAAAAAGGGCUCAAUAAAGGGGGCUUUCUUGUAUGCAAAUUUGCGUUCGUACGAAUGCCAGGACAAGCGGACAUUCCUGUGAACGAUGAUGAUGGUGAUGGUGAUGGUGAUGAUGAUGAUGAUGAUGAUGAUGAUGAUGAUGAAUGAUCUAUACAUGAAUAUACCCCCACCAGAUAGAACGCGACCAUCUAAUGACCUCUUGAGAUUUCAACAAGUAUCAUACUCACCUCUGAUGUAGAUAAAUUAUAUAGUACUUCCUGCAUUGUCUCGUCAACUUGAUAAUGUUACUGCAUUACAAGCGCCU